AUGACGAUGAAAAACCAUGUCAAGUCAACAUGCAGAUCUGCCUUCUUCCAGCUAUUGAAGAUUAGCAAGAUCAAGAAAUACCUUGACAAUGACAGUCUGAAGACAGUUAUCCAAGCCUGUGUUACAUCACGUCUUGACUAUGGAAAUGCCCUCCUCAAUGGGACUACUGCCACUAACAUCAAACUACUGCAACAAGUGCAGAACAGUGCUGCGAGGAUGCUGACUGGUACCAAGAGAACUGACCACAUCACCCCUGUCCUGAAAUCACUCCACUGGCUACCCGUAGAGCACCGCAUCACUUUCAAGACUCUUUCUAUCGCAUACUCAGCACUAAAUGAUGAAAACUCCCCAGCCUAUAUUAAGGACAUGUUACAUCACUACCAGCCCACAAGAGCUUUAAGAUCAGCCGAUGAUAAAUUACUUCAUGUUCCUAAAACUAAAACAAAGAUGGGCGAA